GGGCGGGUCUACCGACCGUGUUAGUGCGGCUGGGGAGUAGCAUGCUAGCGGUUUAAUGCGACUCUGCGGUGGAUUAUUUUUCAUUUAAUUCAGCCUGCGAAGACGAAUUCGCGUCUGUCAGAGCUCAUACGAGGCAGAGGCACUUUGACCUUUAUCUUCGGUCGACAUUUGUCGUACUGCACCGCCGGAGUUAGCCCAAGAUCAACACAGGCUGACAUAUUAGCUAGCAGGUGCUAACUUCUCCGUGUGUAUUAGCUGCCUCAGCGCUGUAUGUGCGGCAACAACAUGUCAGCGCCUUUACCUGCCAUUGUGCCUGCCGCCAGGAAAGCCACCGCGGCGGUAAUAUUUCUGCAUGGCCUUGGUGACACGGGAUAUGGCUGGGCUGAAGCUUUCACUGGCAUCAGGAUACCACAUGUGAAAUACAUCUGUCCACAUGCUCCCACUCAGCCUGUUUCUUUGAACAUGAGGAUGUCCAUGCCUUCUUGGUUUGACAUCUAUGGGUUGAGCCCAGAUGCAGAUGAAGAUGAGAGUGGAAUUAAAAGAGCAUCAGAGAACAUUAAAGCUUUAAUAGAGCAGGAAGUGAAGAAUGGGAUACCAUCACAUAGAAUUAUCCUGGGUGGAUUUUCACAGGGUGGAGCGCUGUCUCUCUACACCGCUCUGACAACUCAGCAGAAGCUUGCUGGAGUGGUUGCUCUAAGCUGCUGGCUUCCUCUCCGCAACUCCUUCCCUCAGGCGUCUGCUAACAGUGCUAACAAGGACAUGCAUGUCCUACAGUGCCACGGGGAUGCUGACCCCCUGGUCCCCUUUAUAUUUGGCAGCCAGACAGCAGAGAAGAUGAAAAGCCUCAUCAAUCCCACCAACAUCACCUUCAAGUCAUAUCGAGGUCUACCACACAGCGCUUGUCCAGAGGAAAUGGUGGACGUCAAACGAUUCAUAGAGAAGCAGCUUCCUGCCAUCAGUGAUGAAUAAGCACUGGAGUAUCUGCACAAACGCCAUCAGAGUCCUUUACGAUCGACUCCAGUGAGAUUCGGUGGACUCAAAGAACCUCUGACUUACUUGAUAACAAAACCACGCUGCUACUCAUAGAGCCAGACAGAACUGGGGCUGCUACGCAUUAGCCUGGGAGAGGCAUGACUGAAACGAUGCUGCAUCCUGACCUGGAGCCACACGGUCGUCAGUGUUACAUUAGAGUAACAUUAGUUGCUUGAUUGUAAAAGCUAUUUGCCAUUAAGACAAGCCAUUACCUGCAGGAAGCAUACGUACUGGAAUAAUUAGGGCUAUAAUUUAUGAUUUAAUACUUAAUAUCUCACAAUAAAUGGCCUAUUGUUCAGUGUUUUAACUAAUGUUGUUCAUCUUCGUGCUGAUAUGAGUUUGUUAUUUAUGAGCUGUUUUCAGUUUGUUGUUGAAGAUGACAACCACUUAAAUACAUCAACAACAGUGAUUUGUAACAAGAUGAGGGUUUGUCAGGAUCUUAUACUGUAGAUAAUGCAAAGGAAAUAAUAUAAAUAUUACAUAAUACAAAAUGUUGUGAAUGUUUACGACACACACCAGCAAAAACAACAUACGAUUGUGCUUUAUUUGUGAGAAGUCAAAGAACUAUUUCACACAAAUUCCUUUUUAAAUACAUAAAUAUAUCAGUGGUCA